GGUUCCACUGGACAUUGUUGGUGUGUGGACGGUAGGGGACAGGAGAGAAGAGGAACCAGGACUCCACCUGGAACACCACGUGUAGACUGUGACAGACCAGAUGAACCAGAGCGUCCUAAAACUCACUGUGAGCACAACAGAGACAGAGCACAGACUACAAGUUCAGAAGGACAUCCUAUAGCUGGAGCCUAUGUACCCCAAUGUGAUGCUAAUGGACAGUACACUCCUAGACAGUGCCACGGUUCCACUGGACAUUGUUGGUGUGUGGACGGUACGGGACAGGAGAGAAGAGGAACCAGGACUCCACCUGGAACACCACGUGUAGACUGUGACAGACCAGAUGAACCAGAGCGUCCUAAAACUCACUGUGAGCACAACAGAGACAGUGUUCAGACUACAAGUUCAGAAGGACGUCCUAUAGCUGGAGCCUAUGUACCCCAAUGUGAUGCUAAUGGACAGUACACACCUAGA